AUGGCUACUUCCCGCGACUCCGUGAUUCCCCAGGCCGAGCGCAUGUUCGAAGGUGGCACCCACAAGCUCGAUGUGUGGACCAUCUUCACCCCGGCCAACGUGCCUCCUGACUGCAUCAACCUCGGCCAGGGCUUCAUGAACUGGGCUCCCGCCGACUGGAUCCGCAAGGCUGCGCACAAGGCCAUGGACGACGACAUCAUGGUGAACCAUUACGCUCACCCUCGUGGCCGGCCCCGCCUUGUCAAGGCCAUUAGCGAUGUUUACUCGCCGACUUUCCCCAACCUUGAAGGCCGCAAGCUCAAUCCCGAGGAGAUUGUCGUGACGGCCGGCGCCAACGGGGGCAUUUACUCUGCCCUCACUGCGCAUCUCGAGCCUGGAGAUGAGGUCGUUCUCAUCGAGCCGUUCUUCGACCAGUACUUUGCCACCAUUGCGUUCCAGGGCGGCAAGCCCGUGUACGUGCCGCUCCAUCCUCCUAAAGAGGGCGGCGGCAAGUCGAGCGGUGCGGACUGGACUCUCAACCUCGACGAGCUCGAGGCCGCCUUCACGCCCAAGACCAAGGCGAUCAUCAUCAACACCCCCCACAACCCCGUUGGCAAAGUGUUCACCAAGGAGGAGCUCGAGGGCAUUGCCAAGAUCUGCAUCAAGCACAACGUCCUCGUCAUUGCCGACGAGGUAUACGACUGCAUGAUUUACGACGGCAAGUCGCACUUCCACAUCGCCUCGCUCCCGGGCAUGUGGGAACGCACACUCUCUGUCUUCUCGGGUGGCAAGUCGUUCGCGGCAACCGGCUGGCGUGUCGGAUGGCUCAUUGGGCCCCAGCCCCUCGUCUCGGCCACCCUCGCCGCUCAGUCGCGCAUCGUGUUCUGCACUAACGGUCCCAUGCAAGAGGCGACUGCCAUUGCGCUUGAGGGUGCCGCUGAGCACAAGUUCUUCGAGACCCAGACCGCCGAGUACCAGGAGCGCCGCGACAUCCUCUGCUCGUAUUUUGACCAACUCGGCCUGCCGUACACGCUUCCCGAGGGCUCGUACUUUGUGCUCGUCGACAUGAGCAGGCUCAAGAUACCCGAGGACUACCCCAUCCCCGAGACGUGCAAGGGCCGCGGCAAGGACUUUGCCAAGUGUUGGUGGAUGGCAAAUGAGAUCAAGGUGGUAUCGAUCCCUCCUUCUGAGUUUUACUGUGAGGACCACGUUGCUAUUGGCGAGAACUUUGCUCGCUUUGCGUUCUGCAAGGACCCCGAGCUCCUCCACGCCGCCGGUAAGCGCCUUCUCCAGCUCAAGCCGUACCUCCAGUAG